AUGAGAGAGCUAAAUGUGAUAGUCACCGGUUGCUCUUCUGGACUGGGCAAAGCUCUUGCACAGUACACCUACGACGCGGGGUCUAUCGUUGUAGCUACGGCUCGGAAGCCCGAAACACUCUCAUACCUACCUGACGACCCGAGAGUCCUGAAACUUCGUCUCGAUGUAACUUCGAAAGACCAAGUCGCCGGAAUCGUCCAGGUUGCAGUUGAUAAGUUUGGCUCCAUAGAUGUUGUGGUCAAUAAUGCAGGGUUUGGUGUGACCGGUGAUACUGAAGUUCUACCCGAUGCCGAUGCACGGGCACAGCUCGAGACCAACUUCUGGGGCGCCGUCAACGUCACCAAAGCGGCUCUGCCGAUUCUGAGAGAAACCAACCCCCCUGGGGGGGGCAAAUUCGCCCUCGAAGGAUUCACAGAUGCUCUUGCGAAAGAGAUGCACCCAGACUGGAACAUCAAGUCCACCAUAAUAGAACUCGGCGCUGUUGCAACCCACUUUCCGCAGAACAUGGUAUUACCUCCACGGCACCCCGCUUAUGAGGACCCAGCUUGUGGAUAUAAUGCGGUCAGGGCAUACCUGACCAGCGCAGAAAACGCCGUGCAGUGGAGUGAUGCAUCAGUCCGUGCUCAAGUCCUCCACGAGCUUGCAUCCAAAAAGAAUUACAUCACUCCACCUUUAAGACUUGCCCUACUUGUAGGCGCCGAUUCUUGGGCCGUUGUCAAGGCCGAGCUUGAAGGUAUUAUGAAAGGGCAUGAGGUCUGGGAGACUGUGGCGGAGAGCACGUCCCACGCCGAGAAUACACGGGCAGCAGAAUUCUUGCUCAAGUCAGUGCGUUAG